AUCAGCAUGAGCGCCCUGGAGUGCCAGUACCAGUUCCGCUUCGAGCGCUGGAACUGCACCCUCGAGGGCCGCUACCGCGCCAGCCUGCUCAAGAGAGGUUUCAAGGAGACAGCCUUCCUGUACGCCAUCUCCUCGGCGGGGCUGACGCACGCCAUGGCCAAGUACAGCAACAAGUUCGUCAAGGAGUUCCUGGGGAGGAAGCCCAACAAGGACCUGCGAGCCAGGGUGGACUUCCACAACAACCUGGUGGGCAUGAAGGUCAUCAAAGCCGGCGUGGAGACCACCUGCAAAUGCCACGGCGUGUCCGGCUCCUGCACCGUCCGGACGUGCUGGAGGCAGCUCUCCCCCUUCCACGAGAUCGGCAAGCAGCUGAAGCAGAAGUACGAGACCUCGCUCAAGGUGGGCAGCACCACCAACGAGGCCACGGGGGAAGGCGACAUUUCCCCCCCUAAAAAAUCCAUCCCCGGCCACAGCGAUCAAAUCCCAAGGACUACGGACCUCGUCUACAUUGACGACUCCCCGAGCUUCUGCCUGAUGAGUCGCUAUUCCCCCGGCACGUCGGGACGGAAGUGUUACAAGGACAAGAACUGCGACAGCAUCUGCUGCGGCCGGGGCCACAACACGCAGAGCCGGGUGGUGACGCGCCCGUGCCAGUGCCAGGUGCGUUGGUGCUGCUACGUGGAGUGCAAGCAGUGCACCCAGAGGGAGGAGGUUUACACCUGCAAGGACUGACACGACCCGCGGCUGCUGCUGCACUUGGGCCAGCUUGGAGAACUGCCUAUGGAGACAAACAGGGUUUGAUUGACCUUCUGGCAUCUGGAAGCUAUGUUGAGACAUAAGCACUUUGUAGGGUACAGGUGACCCAGCUGUGUUGCUGUUUUGUUUUGGGGUUUUUUGUUUUGGUUUUUUUUUUUGUUUUGUUUUGUUUAUCCUGUAGACUGAAUUUUCAUGAGGUCCAACCAUGUGGAAAUAAGUGCCUGUCACACUGGGGUUAGACACCAGUUGACCUUCACCUUCGUCGUCUAUGUAGUUUGACGGAUCAUUUCUCCUCGGAACGUUGUUUCAGCCAUCCUCCAUGAACUCCUGGGCUAAGAGAUUCCCUUUGGCAUGAAUAUCCUGUACUUCUUUAUUCCUGGAGCUCACCCAGCUGCUCAGAGAGCUGAGCAGAUGCAAAAGAUCUUUCCGCUUCGAGUGCGGUUGUGCCAGAAGCGGACAUUUAUUUCUCCUAAAACUCAAGAGGAAUUUGUAGGGAAUGAUGGGUUCUUCCAGUGGAGUUUCUGCACAUGGAGCAAAGCAGGCUCUGACAAAGAGACCCAUUGGGAGCAUCAGCUCUUUAAUGACGGCUCCGUCUCUGUGUGCAUUGUCACCAGCACAGCUCGGAAACGUUGGGUCCACCACGCUGCAGACAGAAAUAGAUCCAAGAAAGAGGUUGGGAAGACAGCAGAACACCAGACGUGCCUGUCCACAUCAGUCCAAUCCCAUUCUUUAUUUAAAACAAUUCACCCAAAUGCAGGCUCUUUAGCACUAUCGCUGUCUUAAAUUUAAUUUUUUUUUUUUUUAAACCACUAGAUACUUUUGUUUCAUUUUCACUUGGCGCAUGAUUUAUUUUUCUCUCCUCUUCCCACCUCUUGCUGAUGGAGGUCAACCUGUGGUAACUGCUUCAGAAAUCCCAACUGGAACUCGUUGAGUUGAAUUUGGACGUGUUUCUCUUGAGUAGGACAAGAGGAAUCCGAGUGCCUCUUGGAACCCGGGGCUGUCUUGCCUUGUGGAGCAGCCGCUUUGGCCUGGAUCAGACCUCUGGAGGAGCUGACUUUUCUUUCCUAGGUCAUCAUUCCAUUUACUCUAAACCAUGGCAGUGGUACAUGACACAAGCUGUAUGUAAACCCUAUGACCUUAAGAUGAUUUUUGGUUUGUUUUUUUUUUUAACCACUAGAUCGAGAACUGUACUUUAAAAACACACCUGCUAAAUCCUAACAAACUCAUGGAUUUGGAAUAGCCAAUCAACACAGAGACAACCUGAGAGAAGCCAGAAAUUUGAAUGCAGGGGUUGAUCACUCCAACGCUGUGAAACACAUGACAACCUCCAGCAUUUCUUUUUUUUGCUUGGAAGAGGAGAUUUACAAUCCAGGACUUGGCAUGCCAAUAUUCUUCAUAUAAAAGUGGAUUGGAGGCAGCCAGCAAAUUGCCUGAAUGAAGAUUUCUAAGGAAAAAAUGGGGAGCAGAGGGUGAUUUGUUUGAUUUUUGGUAGCAAUUUUUGAUUGUCCAGUAGUAGCAAUUUCCACCGAGUUUCUAUAAGCCAUUGAUCUGGUGUUCAAAAGAGGAGAUUCUCAAACAUUAGUAAAAAUCAGUAAAAAAAAA